AGAUUUUUGUCGAAUGUGGUAACGCAAUCAGUUAACAAAUAAACAUAUAUCAACAGUUCGCUCGUUGCUCGUAUAGUGAAAUACAAGUGUUGUUUACUAUUAACAACCCAUAUUUUCGUAAAAAAUUGCUUUGUGAAUCCGUUUAAUAAGUGAUUAAAAUUAGAACUUUAUUAGCAUUUCGUAAACAAACUUUAAAGCCGCGAGAUAUUUAGUGCUUAUAAUAAAAUUUAAAACAAACAAUAAAAUGACAUCAAUGAAUUCAAGAAAUAUGGAAUCUUUACCGAAACAGUUCAUUUCAGCAAUGAGAACAUUAUUCGAUAUAAUGGAUGACAAACAUACAGGGUUUGUAAAACUUACAGAUAUUGAAAACCGUUGGCGGGACGAUCGAACCAAAGGAUUACCUCGAGGUGUGAUCGAAAGUCUGAAAAAGGUUGCAUCCAACGACGGAUUAUUAAGUUUUGAACGAUUUUGUACCGGUCUUAAAAUAUGUCUCUUACGAAAUCAAGUUGAACACGAGUCAAAAAAAGAUGAUAGGAUUGAAGAUGAUGUUGAAAACACGGGAAUACAUUCAAAGGUCAAAACUCAGGUACACCGUCCACCUUCUGCACCGAUACUGGAUGUUAAUGAAGUACAAAAUACAGAAAAAAAUUGGAACGCUUUAAAAUCCUUAGAAACAUCAACUCAUAGAACAAUUAGCAUGCCUCAACUUCUAGGACGCAAAGACCCGUCAAUACAAGAAGUAACGACUUUAUCUUUAAUACCAAAACAUGACCCUCCACGAAUUUAUGGUCCACCAAAACCGCCCAGAUUAGAUAAAAGUUCACAAGAUCGAAAAGAAAGUACCAGAUCAAGUUAUAAAUCCGAAGAAGAUAUAACUUUUGGGCAUGAAGAAAUAGUAGUACCUAAAUUGGAUUUUAGAGAAACUCUUACUGUCGAGGAACAGAGUAGAGGUCUAGGCGACGGAAGAUCUUCUAAUGAGACACAGUCGCGUCGUGUGUCACGGCGUAGAGAACCUCGACGUCAUACAUUGCACAACGGAGUAGAUUACAACCUUCUUAAACGUAUGAAGCAAAUUGAACAGGAAAAAGAUGUGCUAAUUCAAGGCUUAGCAGCUGUGGAAGAAGCACGUGAAUGGUAUUUAAAACAAUUGACAGAAGUGCAAGAAAAAAUGCGGUACGCUGGGAGAAUGGGGACAUAUGUAGAACCCUGGAGCGAAGCUCAUCAAGAGAGGUUAGAGCUGCUACGCGCGCGGGUAUUAGAGCUUAAUCGUCAGUUGGGGGCAUUGGCAGCAGGCUGGAGACAUGGUCAAUUAUCCCUGCAUAUGAACUUAGCACUACCUGUCACACCUCUUCCUGGUACACCAACUACGCCUAAUGCGGCUGUACUCAGGUCGCAAAACCGCAUGCUAGCCGAGGAAGUGAACAAGAAAAAUGAGAGGAUUUCGGUAUUGGAAAGAGAAAAAUCUGCUCUCAUUCGGGAACUGUUACUACAAAGAAAUCGAACAAAACUAGUGGACAACUUUACAUAACAAGAUACCAAUUAUCCUAAUAAUAUUAUCGUGUGCGUUUGUAAGAAUGUGUAUGGGUUUAUUACUCUGGUAACGCAAAAAGUAUGUUGUAAUGUAAACAGAUUUCAUUCAUAUUUCACAUAGCCUACAUAUGAAGCCAGAAAGCUGAAAUAAUUUUCACAAAUUAUAUGUUUCCGUUGCCGUGGUCGUCGUUUUCGUUGCAUUUUAAUUAACAGGUAGAAAAGUGAAUAUAAAAAAUAAAUAUUAAAACAACUAACGUGAUGAUAGGUACGGAUCUGACUUGCACUUGGCCGGUUUUUUAUUAAUCUUACAACCUGCUGAUGGUAAGCAUACAUAAUUACACAGAUAACAACAUAUGUAAUUAUAUUGUUCUCAUUCCCAAUAUAAAAAUUCGCACCGAUUAAGACAAAAAUAAAAAUCAUGUACCUACAAACUAAGUAACUACUUUGUUCAAAGUUUGUGAAUUUUAAAUUUACGUAGUAUCUCCCUGGUAAAAAAGUAUUUUUACAUACUUUAUACUUACAUGAAACUACGACUCUUUCCCGGAGGGGUAGGUAGAGACUACUUGCAAUGAUACCUACUUGCUUUUUUAUUUACUGAUGAAACGUAGGCGUAUGAAGAGUAUUUUUAACAGCAAUAGAUGACUUCAACAAGAAUUUUCGAAAUAACAAACUGUACGUUGUUUGUAUGUAAUACGUCAUCACAUUCAUUAAUGUAAAAAAAAAUACAAGAUUUUAUUAUAAUAAGAGAUAUCCUUA